UCGACGCUGACCUUUCUUGUCAACUAAGUUACGUAUUAAAGAAAAUUACAAAUUAAUAGUUUAGAUUUCAUAACUCUCGAACUAGAUGUACAGUGUUUUUAUACUCGCUCGUCAGACACGGCCAACUAAAUAACCGAUUUUCAAGUAACCCAAUUUCAACAUGGCGGCCGAAGAAGUUAAAGAAAAAAAUUCAUCAAAACCUCGAGUAAUUUUAUUAGUUAGUGGUAAAAGAAAAUCUGGCAAGGAUUUUAUUACAGACAUAUUACAAGAGAAAAUUGGUCCUGACAGUAGUGUCAUUAUAAAACUGUCAGGACCAAUCAAAUUUCAUUGGGCUAAAUCUUUGGACCUUGAUAUUGAUCAGUUACUAGGAGAUGGAAAAUACAAAGAAACUUAUCGCCUUGAAAUGGCUAAAUGGGGAGAAAAUAUAAGAAAGAAUGAUUAUGGUUACUUCUGUCGUGCAGCUAUAGACAUGUAUCAUGCAUACAGCAAACCAAUAUGGAUAGUAAGUGAUGUACGAAGAAAAACUGACAUACAAUGGUUUGUAGAAAAUUUUGGAGGCAUAUGCAAAACAAUUCAUAUUGUAUCAGAUGAUUUAAUUAGAGAGAAACGUGGUUGGACUUUUAUGCCAGGUAUCGAUGAUUCCGAAAGUGAAUGCGAUUUGGAUGAUGUCAAAUCAUGGGACUUGAAAGUAAUUAAUAAUGGUGACAAUGUAGAGUAUAUAUUGCAACAGAUAUUAGAACUAAUUAAUUAGCAAAGAAUAAAGUGUGUUAAACUUGAUAAAUUUAUAAUAAAUGAAUUGGUGAUAAUUAUUUAAUAAAACUUAUACUUGUUGAUA